AAAUAAAAGCCCCAUAAAAGGAGCUAGAGAAGUUGAGUUGAGAAGAUUUGCCGUUCAUCACGGAGCACCUGCCGCACUUUAAAAUUCACCGCAAGAGUGUAAUACAAAGUAAAAAUUUUAAAACCAGCCAUCAAAAUUCCAAAUUGCUUCUCCCAAUCAAGUAUCAAUUGCACAAGAAACAGCACCUGCCGCGUCCACUGGGCAGCGACGCAAAAAAGGAGCGGCCGAAAAAUUAAAUUCAUGCGCAAUAAAGUGAGAGAAAAAAGUUGUACACGUGCAGGUGGCCGGCAUAGUAAUAAAUAAAAUAAGAAGCGACGAUUACGCCUAGGUGACCUCCGCACAAACGUUGGUCGUUGGUCCAUCAUCUGCCUCUCGAUGAAGAAAGAAAGAAAGAAGAGGAGGUAGAAGGACAGCACGCGCCAGGCACACGAAUAAUAAUUCUGCUCUCGGCCGGCCAUAAAGCAUCUCUCUCUCUCGGCCAGGCAGGGGAGAGCCUGUCGAAGACCACCUGCCGUUUUUUCUUCAGGUCGGUGGCGGCGGCGCAUGCGUGCGUCGGUGGAGCCGCGAGAGUAUACUUGGCAGGCGAGCGAGCGGCUGCCGGCGCAGUCUGCGAAAGUCGGUGUCACAGUGCGGACGCAAGAUGCUGCGAAUAACAAGUGGCGUGUUUCUGUUCGCGGCGCUGAUCGUCGGCGCCGCGCUCGGAUUGUCGGUGCCUUUCUACAACGACGACGACGAGUUCAGCGGCGCCAGCAGCAACCUGCAGACUGGUCUGCAGGAGCAAAUCAAGGCGCUGCUCGAGCACCGCAAGGCGCUGGACAAGGAGUUGGACACGAUCAAAAUCGCCAACCAGAUCGAACUGACGGCGCUCAGGGAGGAAAUCGAGAAUCUCAGGAAAGAAAUUACAAAUGCUAAGGAUUCGGCCGGCACUCAGCAGCCGAACUCAAACAACCAGCAACGCAACGACCACCUGACGGUGCAGUGGUUGCAGAGCGCUGUGCAGCAGAUCCGCGCUGAAAUCCAGACCGAACUGCUGGCCAGCCACAACGCUAGUGACCUGCACUCACAGUCGGUGACCAGUUUGUCCGGCGAAGUGACCCAGCUGCGGAGCGACGUGGACAGCUGUCGCGCCGAUUUGGAGGCGAUGCGUCGCGACGCCGAACUCAACACGGUGCAGAACCAGCAGAACGUCGAGGAAAUCGGCAACAUCAGAGACAAGGCGCAGAGUUGCGCCGCCAGUUGCGCCAACCUCCGAGUGCAGCUCGAAACUGCUCAGUCGGAAUGGAGCUCCGUUUUGAAAAUGUCUCCAAAGCAACUUCAACCGCAGUCCACCGAAAACAGAGCUGAGAGUGUGGUCGAGCACGCGCCUAAGGACGUGGAGCGUCGGCUGCGGCGGGUGGAGAAGCACUUGAAGACGGCCAUGUGGUCGCACGCCAAGUCUGCGAGUCGCGAGUCCGAGCACAAGGAGUUGCUGGAACGGGUGUCCCAGCUCGAGAGUGGCAGCAGGACCAACGCCCGCAAGUUCUUCAACGUCAGCCGCGACCUGGCAGCCAUCGACAAAGUGCAGAAGAGCAAUGCCCAGUUGAAGGAACAGAUGGCCCUGCUGGAGAGCAGACUGGACACGGCCAUUCCCGAACUGCAGAAGGAGGUCACCAAGAUGGAGUUUGAACUGGCGCAGACCUCGUCCAAUGCGCAGGUGGCCAAGGACAAUCAGGAGGUGCAGAGCAAGAGCUUAAAAAACCUAAUGGAUUUGGUGUCGGGCCUGCAAGACGGCUUGGAUGAAAAUCGCGCUCUCAUCUCGGUGCUUAAACACGGCGCGCUGUCUUCGUCAGCAUCUUCUCUCAUGGACGAGCCAAAUUCGGAGCAGUCCGCGGACAGAUCCGUCAAAAGAGUGGUUCGAGACAUCAGCCGCAUCGAGAAGGAAUUUUGGCAUAUCGUGCAAACACUGCCUAGAGAUUGCGAGGCGGUGUCUGGGCCGAGUGGUCAAUACUUGAUCGCACCCCCGUUGGCCCCGGAGGAACGCGCGCUGGCCGUGGAAAACGCGAUCGAGACGCAGUUCGAGACGCCGAUUUUGGCGUCGUGCGACCAGAAAAGCGGCGCCGGCGGCUGGACUGUGAUUCAGCGCCGCACCGACGGCACUCAGGAGUUCAACCGUGAUUGGGCCGAGUACCGCACAGGCUUCGGUUCACCAGGUGGUGAAUUCUGGCUGGGCAACGCGGCUCUGCGUCGGCUGACGGCGGACAAUUGCUCGUCGCUGCGCGUGGACAUCCACGACAUCUACGGCCAAAACUGGUUCGCCGAGUACACCGAGUUCAGCGUGGGUUCGGAGGCGGACGGCUACCGGCUGUGGGUGAAUGGGUACCAGGGCAACGCGAGCGACGCGUUCGAGUACCAAAACCACAUGCAGUUCAGCACCAUCGACUCGGACAGGGACAUCAGCAACACGCACUGCGCCGCCAACUACGAGGGCGGCUGGUGGUUCUCGCACUGCCAGCACGUCAACCUGAACGGCCGCUACAGCCUCGGCCUGACGUGGUUCGACGGCUCGAGGAACGAGUGGAUCGCCGUCGCCUGGAGCGAGAUGAAGGUGCGACGGAGAGCCGGCUGUGUCGCCAACAAAAACAACCAGCGCCACGAGCGGUAAAGCAGAAUCCCCAAAAUCAAGCUCUCCUCUAGUCACUCACUCAAUUAUAUUUGAUUGAUCCUUGAGUCAUAUCAACUUUGAUUUAUGUUAACCAACCAACCUGUCGCUUUUAAAAAAACUGUCCACGCGCCUCGUUUGCGGCCAAAGAAGGCUGCUACUUUUGCACAAGUUUUUAACUGCAAAUUUUGGUCCUUUGAAACAGACGAGAGUGAUUCCAACCAGCUCUGGAAAUUUAUGAGAUCAACUAAAAUAAAAAAUUUAAUCAGAUGCAAAAUUAUAUCCUUAGAAUUCUCUUAAGUCAAUCCCACUAGCGUUUAAAACUGCAACACACCGACUUUUUCCAAUUUGGCUUGAAUCAUUCUCUUAAUUAAUUUAUCAAUAGGAGUUAACAAAUAAUGAGCUUAUCACCAAGAGUAAAUUUAACAAAAUAUGAAUGUUUAAUCAGCCUUAAAUUGAGUGUUAAACAAAGUUCAGUGUGCGCAAGCGAGAAUGCAAAGUAGCCGAGCUGAAUUGUGUCUUGUAGUCGCAAGUCGAGAGUGCUUCGGGCGAAUCCUCAAUAGGUUUAGCGAGCGUCUCACAAAGCAUUAAUACUAUAUUAUAGAAAGUUGUUGUCUCUGCUCUCUUUCACUCAGCGCAUAUAUAGAGAGUGCAAAUCCACUUGUAGUUUGUACGUUUUUAGCAUUAAUUAUUUAUGACUGAAUGUAAUUUUAAAGUGAAUACAUGUUAGCUUUUACGAUGAUUUCGUUUGAACGAGCCGCCACUCACCACCAUUGCUGCUGUAUUAUUUUUCUAAGUAUUACGUCUCAAUAAAGGACUGAAUGUUGCUACACAUGCUUUGGUGUGAAUUUGAAGAGAAGUUUUUUAACAUAGAUAUUUGUAAAUUGCUAUUAUAUGAUUGGUCAAAAAUGCAAAUAAUUAAAAUAAACUGCGAAAUAUAGA